GGUGCAUGCCAACAUAGAGAACUCGUGGAAUGAAGAGGAAGUUUGGAGAGUGGAGAUGUACGUUUCCUUUGGCAUCAUGGGUUUGGGGCUCCUCUCUCUAUUAGCUGUCACUUCCAUUCCAUCGGUGCACAACGCACUCAACUGGCGAGAGUUUAGCUUUAUCCAGUCCACUCUAGGUUACAUCGCCCUGCUCAUUUCCACGUUCCACGCUCUGCUCUUCGGCUGGCAGCGGGCGUUUCUGGAGGAGUCUUAUCGCUUCUACAUGCCGCCCAAUUUUGUCCUGGCCCUGGUUCUGCCCGUCACGGUGAUAAUCGGAAAAGUGGUGUUGCUGCUUCCCUGUGUGAGCCAGAAGCUGAAACGGAUCAGGCGUGGAUUAGACUCCAAUCAGAGCCGCACCAACCACGAGAGACCAGCUGCCCACGUUUCACCUGAGAGGGUCACCAUCAUGUAACUGCACUGCAGUUUUUAAUGUCACAGUAACGGUAAACUCUCAGCCUUUUGUUUCCUGGCCAGCAUACAGCCUAUCUAUAAGUUGACAUUUCAGCUGCUUUAUUGGACUCAAAGAUUUAUUUGUAAGGUUCCAGUCCUGUUUUCUUUAAUGGAUAAGAGUUGAGUUAGAACUGUAAUGGUCAUGUGACCUUAUUGACCCCUUCAAAGGAGGAUGUGACUGGAUGACCUGUUCAUGAGUCUAUUGUAUACCGAACCUUAUUAAAAACAAUGUUAUUUAUGCACA